AUAAUUAAGGGCACUUAUAGAAUAGAGAUAAGGCCAUACUUGCUUUCCAAAAGAUUCUAACCUGCAAGUCUUAAACAAGCUCUACCUACUAGCCAUUCGGUGUGCCACAAACUGAAAAGCUUUGUUGGAGUUUUCUCUUAUAAAACAAGGAUCACUGAAGUUCAUCUCAUUUGUAUGGAUUACUAGAACAACAAACAAAAUGGGUGUUAGAGGACUUGGAUUUUCUCUUGUUAUAUUGCUCUUUCUUACUGAUCUUACUUCUUCAUAUCCCACUCAGAAGACCUUGCCUACAGCAACCAUGCAGGAAAGCAAGAUAAUGAAUGGAAGUAAGAUAGAAGGAGGCAGUCAUACAGCCCCUCAUGGCGGCGGCGGUGGCGGUGGCGCUGCACAUGGAAAUGGAGAGCCAGGAUCAGGUCACUCUCCGAAUGUACCAGCCGGCGGCGGGGUUAUACCUGUUUAUGCAGGAGGUGCUGCUGCUAAUAACAAUCGCAACCAUCAGAUACACCGUGGUGCUGCCAACAACAAUCUCAGCAGAAUCAACGUUUUCACUUCAAUUGUGAUCACUUUGGCCUGUCCUCUCCUAUUGAUUUUGUAAAACAAAUAAAAAUAAAGGUUAUUUUGUAUAUCAUGUAACAUGUUUGUUAUAUAGGUUCUUUACCAUUUUUUUUUUCUCGUGGUGAGUAGUCGAAUGCUAUAGCUUAUAUAUGUUAUUUUCCGACAAUAUUUUCUCUUGAGGACAAUAUGUUGUGUAUUAUAUUCAAAGUGUAUCAGUUCCAACUUC